GCGGUGCCCGCUAGAGGGCGCCUGUCAGGGAUGGCGCUCUGCGCCGCGCUCGUCUGCUCCGUGACGUCACAUCCGGGUGGCGCUGAGGCGGGCUGCCCGGUGAGCGCGGAGGCCGUGGCGGGACCGGGGCCGGGGCCGGGGCCGGGAGCGACCGAGCUGAGCGCGGCCGCGGGGCUCCCGGCAGCGCCAUGUCAUCGGACUCCAGCAAGAAGCGGAAGCCCAAAGUGAUCCGCACCGACGGGGGCCCGCAGGAGGGCAAGCGGGGCAAGGCCGACGCUGACCAGGAUGCUCGGUACUACAGCGAGGAGGGUGAGGUGGAUCUGCGCGACCCCAUCAAAGACUACGAGCUGUACAAAGAGACUUGCCAGGAGCUGCAGAGACUCAUGGCCGAAAUCCAGGAGCUGAAGAGCAGAGGCGUCAAGGACAACGCUUCCGAGAUAGACGAGCGGCGCAUCCAGAGCUGUGUCCACUUCAUGACCCUCAAGAAACUCAACCGCUUGGCUCACAUCCGGCUGAAGAAAGGAAGAGAUCAAACCCAUGAGGCGAAGCAGAAGGUGGAUGCGUAUCACCUGCAGCUCCAGAACCUGCUCUACGAGGUGAUGCACCUGCAGAAAGAGAUCACCAAGUGCCUGGAGUUCAAAUCGAAACACGAGGAGAUCGAGUUGGUGAGCCUGGAGGAGUUCUACAGGGAGGCUCCGCCGGAAAUCAGCCGCCCAGCGAUCACCCUGGCCGAGCCCCACCAGCAGACCCUCGCCCGCCUCGACUGGGAGCUGGAGCAGCGCAAGCGGUUGGCAGAGAAAUACAAGGAGUGUCUGUCCAACAAGGAGAAGAUCCUGAAGGAGAUCGAGGUGAAGAAGGAAUACCUGAGCAGCCUCCAGCCCCGACUCAACAGCAUUAUGCAGGCCUCCCUGCCUGUCCAGGAGUAUCUCUUCAUGCCCUUCGACCAGGCGCACAAGCAGUACGAGAUAGCACGGCACCUGCCACCCCCGCUCUACGUCCUCUUCGUGCAAGCCAGCGCCUACGGGCAGGCCUGCGAUAAGAAGCUUGUCGUAGCCAUUGAAGGGAGCGUCGAAGAAGCCAAAGCCCUGUACAAGCCACCCGAGGACUCACAGGAUGACGAGAGCGAUUCAGACGCGGAGGAGGAGCAGACCACGAAGCGGCGCCGGCCCACGCUGGGCGUGCAGCUGGACGACAAGCGCAAGGAGAUGCUCAAGCGCCACCCGCUCUCCGUCACCGUCGACGUGAAAUGCAAAGAUGAGAAUGUGCUUCACCUGACCUUCUACUACCUGAUGAACCUCAACGUCAUGACGGUGAAAACCAAGGUGACCACCGCUGUCGAGCUGACGACCCCCAUCAGCGCCGGAGACCUGCUCUCCCCAGAUUCCCUCCUGAGCUGCCUGUACCCGGGAGACCACGGGAAGAAAACGCCGAACCCAGCCAACCAGUUCCAGUUCGAUAAAGUGGGCAUCGUGACCUUGAGCGAUUACGUGACGGAGCUGGGGCAUCCUUACGUGUGGGUGCAGAAGCUGGGCGGCCUGCAUUUCCCCAAGGACCAGCCUCAGCACACAGUCACCGCGGACAACUCGCUGAGCGCGAGCCACAUGGAGAUGACGGUGAAACUGCUGCGGAUGAGGCUGCAGUCACGCCUGGCUCUCCACAAGCAAUUUGCGUCGCUGGAGCACGGUGUCGUGCCAGUGUCCAGCGAGUGCCAGCACCUCUUCCCUUCCAAGAUUGUCUCGCGCCUGGUGAAGUGGGCUGCCAUCCCCUACGAGGACUACGCGGAGCUGCCCUACACCCGGGAUGUGCUGGAGGCUGGCCUGGCCGAGGACACCCACCUCUAUUACAUGGCGCUGAUCGAACGGGGGACAGCCAAGCUGCAGGCCGCCGUGGUGCUCAACCCUGGCUACUCCACGCUGCCGCCCAUCUUCAGCCUGUGCCUCAACUGGAAAGGGGAGCGGACUGGCAGCAAUGACGACAACAUUCGGGCCAUGGAGAGCGAGGUCAACGUGAGCUACAAGGAGCUGUGGGGGCCCAAACCCGGCUACCAGCUCCUCACCAACCAGCUGCAGCGCCUCUGCAUGGUGCUCGACGUCUACCUGGAGACGGAGUCGCACGACACCAGCGUGGAGGGGCCCAAGGAGUUCCCCCAGGAGAAGAUGUGUCUGCGCCUCGUCAGGGGGCCCACCCGCAUGAAACCGUUCAAGUUUAACUACCCGCAGGGUUUCUUCAGUCAUCGCUGACAUCCCCAGGCUCUCCUGCGUGGGCACCGCUCCGGGUCUGGGCCUCGAGUGGGUCCAUCCUGCCAGUUCGGUUGCUUUCCCAAGGUUUGGUUUGAGAUUUUGUAUCCAAAGGGAUUAAAUUCUGGACUGAAGGAAAAAA